AUGUGGCGGUGGCGGGCGGCCGCGCUGCCGCGCUGGGCCCGGGCGCUGCGCAGCUCCGCCGCUCUGGGCGGCUCCAGGAACCUGCUGAAGAAAAUGCUGCGCAAGAAGAAGAAGAAGCUCUGGUACGACAGCCCUACCCUGGGGUCCAGAAUGAUGCUCAAACCGACCGAGGUGGCCUGCCCGCCGCAGGGUGAGCAGAGGAGAGCCAGGAAAGAAGACAGCAUCCGCUGCAGGGUCCUGAACAGCCUGAUUCACAAGGCCCUGACAGACAUGAUGACCACCUGUGAGAUCAGCCAGGAGCUCUAUGACCUCCAGCUGGACAUCUGCAAGGUGUCCCUGGCCUCCAACUUCUCAGCCUGCCGCAUCUACUGGAACCCUGCAGCCACCACGCAGGAGGAGAGCUACGUUGAGAGGGUCCUGCAGAAGAGUGCCCCCCGCAUACGGUACCUCCUGACCAGCCGGCAGAUCGUGGGCAACAUGCCCCCAGUGGUGUUUGUGAAGGACAGGGAAGGUGCAGCUGUGAGAGAGGUUGAGGAGUUACUCUCAGUUGCUGACUUUGGACCUCCACAGGAAGAAACAUUGCCUCAGGAUGAGUCUAGGGAGCUGCUGUCCUCAGCAGCUCAGCCUGCAGAGCCUCCCCUGCGCCCCAGUCUCUUCGGUAUUGAUCACGCAGCGCUCCAUAAGCAGAUCAUGGACUACAAGAGGCUGAAGGUGUCCAGAGAGGCGGGGGGCAGUGCCUGGACAGAGGAGCAGAAGCAGCAGCUGAGCAGGGUGCAGAAGCAAAGGAAGAAGCAGCCAUCAGGGGAGCCUCCUGAUGAUGACCUCACCCCGCAGCAGUACCUGCGGGGCAGGCAGGAGGCUGAGCACUGCGACGACACCGGACUGGCUGCGGACUGUGAGCAGGAGGAUGACCUGCAGGAGGAGGCAGAGGAGCUGGGCAAAGCUCUGGGCCAGCCUGCUGACAAACUGCCCUGAAGAGGCCACUCCUGCUGUGGAGGGGAGGCUGCCAAGAGCAGAACCUCCAGCGAGAUCCUGAAGGGUCUGUUUGUGCAGCCUGUGGGCAGG